CACGCCACACUCAAGAUGGCGUCAGGCGGCGCCCCGCCGUGGCGGGCGGGGCGCACGCGGGUGACGUUAGCGCUCCGGGCAUGGGCAGGUGCAGGAGGUGGCGGUGGCCGGAGUUGGGCCGGCGGUAGCGGCGGGAGAGGAGGAGGCGGAGGAGGAAGGGGCUCGGACUCGGCCGUGCUUCGGGGACAGCCGGGACACCGCAGCGCCUCCUCUCCGCUCUCUCGCCCCUCGGGGACGCUCCCCCUCGCGGCGCGGAGGGCGGCGGGCGCGGCGCGGCCAUGGCCGAGGAGCCCAGCGCGCUGCCCUGGUCCAUCAACAAGGAUGACUACGAGCUGCAGGAGGUCAUCGGGCACCCCGGUUCAUUUUGGGGCGAUCACACCUCUCAGCAGUUUCGGAGCCCCGCGCUGCUUUGGUUCCUGCACGGAGGGUUUGGUAGAGCCGCCGAACGAGCCUUUUACGCUGGGAUUUUGCUGCUGCCGGAGUGGAGCCACUGCGGUGGUCCAGGCAGCCUUCUGCGCUCCGAAGAAGGAGAAGGUGGCGAUUAAACGGAUCAAUCUUGAGAAGUGUCAGACGAGCAUGGAUGAACUCCUGAAAGAAAUUCAAGCCAUGAGUCAGUGCCAUCACCCCAACAUUGUAUCUUACUACACAUCGUUUGUGGUGAAAGAUGAGCUUUGGCUGGUGAUGAAGUUGCUUAGUGGAGGCUCUGUUUUGGAUAUUAUCAAGCACAUUGUGGCCAAAGGAGAACACAAGACUGGUGUCCUGGAUGAAGCCUGUAUAGCCACAAUCCUUAAGGAGGUGCUGGAGGGACUGGACUACCUGCAUAAAAAUGGGCAAAUCCACAGGGAUGUGAAAGCAGGAAAUAUUCUUCUUGGAGAAGAUGGCUCAGUGCAAAUUGCAGACUUUGGUGUUAGUGCGUUCCUGGCCACUGGUGGUGACAUUACCAGGAAUAAAGUCAGGAAAACCUUUGUGGGCACACCUUGCUGGAUGGCACCAGAAGUUAUGGAACAGGUCAGAGGAUAUGAUUUCAAGGCAGACAUCUGGAGCUUUGGGAUCACUGCUAUUGAACUGGCCACAGGAGCAGCUCCUUACCAUAAAUACCCGCCGAUGAAGGUUUUAAUGCUGACACUACAAAAUGAUCCUCCAUCUUUGGAAACUGGUGUGCAAGAUAAGGAAAUGCUGAAGAAAUAUGGGAAAUCAUUUAGGAAGAUGAUUUCAUCGUGCCUACAAAAAGACCCUGAAAAAAGACCAACAGCAGCAGAACUCCUAAGACACAAAUUUUUCACAAAAGCAAAGAAUAAAGAGUUUUUACAAGAGAAGAUGUUGCAGAGAGCACCAACAAUCACUGAAAGAUCCAAAAAGGUCCGGAGAGUCCCAGGCUCCAGUGGGCGUCUUCAUAAGACUGAAGAUGGUGGCUGGGAAUGGAGUGAUGAUGAGCUUGAUGAAGAAAGUGAGGAAGGCAGAGCAGCAAUUUCACAGCUCAGGUCUCCCAGAGUGAAAGAACCUGUACAGAAUUCCGAGCUGUUUCCAUCAGCUGAGCCUCCAGGUCCUUCACUCAAUGCUCCAGCACAGGCACCUACUGAACUACCUCAGGCUGCAGGACAAGCACCUGCACAACCUCCAACUGCUGUACCUCCACCCAGCCAGGCUCCUCCAGCAGCCCCAGCAGCAGCCCCAGCAGCAGCAGCAGCCCCAGCAGCAGCCCAGGCCCCACCUCCAGCCCCUGCUGCAGCUCCGGUACAGGAAGAUGUGAGAGUCCCCAUCAACCUUGUAUUAAGGUUAAGGAAUUCAAAUAAAGAGCUCCAUGAUAUUCGGUUUGAAUUCACCCCAGGGAAAGAUACUGCAGAUGGUGUGUCUCAGGAGCUCAUUUCAGCAGGUCUUGUUGAUGGCAGAGAUCUGGUAAUAGUUGCAGCUAAUUUGCAGAAAAUUGUGGAAGAGCCCCAGGCAAACAGAUCCAUCACUUUCAGACUGGCAUCUGGUGUCGACGGCUCAGAAAUUCCGGAUGAUGGCAAACUUAUAGGAUUUGCACAGCUCAGCAUCAGCUAAACAUUGGUCCCAGGAGAUGUUUCCCAACAGAGAACCCACAUGUGCAUAUUCGUAAUGCUUCUGUUAGCCUAAAAAAAAAACCACUACUGCCAAAGAAUUGAACUACAGCCCCCUUCCUAGAAGCUUUAACAUUUUCCUUAAUAGGAUCACAAACCUUCCUGAAAUUACCGAUGACGUUUACACCUUUUGUAAACAACUCUCAUGUUUUUGUAUCUGUCAUCUCAAACAUGCAGACCCAACACGUCAUUGCCUGCAUGUUCAUUUUAUUAUUGCCUUACUUUAAAGAAAAAUACUACUGAGUACGAAGCAGGGGGUUCCACUGCUCUGAUGAUCUUGCCUAAGUGUUUGCUUACAUGUGGUUUCAUUUUUUUUCACUUGCUGUUUUUGCACAAGUUUUAAUACUGAACGGAUUUUUUUUCUUUUUUGUUCUUUACCUGCUUCUCCUUCUAUCUGAAACACCAAUGUAAAUGUUGUUUGGGUCACCUGGAGUGCUGAGAAAUCUGCUUCUCUUUGGCUGUGCAUUUUAAAAUGCUGGUUUGAAUGCUUGCACCUGAGAAAGCAAGCAGAGUCUUAACCCACAGGAGGGAGAGCUUCCUUCCCUUGUGUUUGUGUUUUGGAGAAGUUCCUUGACUUUGAGGUGUUAGAAGUCAGCUUCCCUGUGUAAACUGCCUUAAUUUUUUUCUUUUUUCUUUAUCAUUUUGGUUCUCUCCACAUGAGUGCCAGGCAUGGCAUGAGGGCUGAACCUUUUAAUUUACAUUCAGCAGUCCUUGCUGCUUGCUUUCAUUCUGCAUCUUAUACGUAGUCUGUUCUUGAAGCAGACCAGGGAGGCAUUGCUGCCUGGAAACUGGUCUUUCAGAUGGUGAACUCAAUAUCCAUGGUCACAGGGAGAGGAGAUCUAUGUCACUCUGCCUUUGGAACAGAUGCACUUCCAAGUGUCCCUGAAACCCAGUUUGGUCAUGCCUGCCUGGCCUCCCAACGUGUUCCCCAGUCCUUUGCAAGCUGGUACCCGUGGAACCAUCCCUGUCGUGUUUUACAGCAAUAAAGAAUCACCAGUAGAGUGGCUGUGCUGGGCAAAAGCGGGCGCUGGGUUUGUCCCUCCUGCACUCAAUCCCUUGGGUCGUGGGGCUGCGCGUCAGCCCAAGCCUCGACGUUUGAUCAGGAUGUCACUGCACCCCUGUCACACACGUAUUUAGCUUUUCUUUCCAUGUGGUGUUGAAGUUGAGUUUCUACAUGAAUAAUAUAAAUUAUGCUCUGAGUUUGAUAAGAGACACUUGUAAUGCAAUAUGUGAAUAAUAAAUGGUGUUGACUUUUUUUUUC